CCCGCCUCCACCUGUCUACGGUGAGCGGAAGCAAAGAUGGCGGCGUUUGUGUAACACAGGGCGGCUGAGGAUCAGCGUCAACACGCAUAGCGUUACACCGAUAAUGACAGAGCAAUAACAACACAGGAGGAGGGAAGGAGAGAGUGCUGCUGGAGACGAGAUUUGAAGGUUCUUCUGGGUUUCAGAAAUGGGUUUCAGGUAAUCUCGACUUCCUGAGAUCCUCAGGUGUCAAUCUUCGUCCGUCUUCUCCUUUAUUUUGUUGCCAUGUCGUCCACCGCAGCCAUCCCAGCGCUCGACAACCUCUCGGUGUCCUCACUGCUGUCUGGGGAGCUGGAGGAUGGGAAAGAGGGUGAGGACGGUGAGCUGGGUGACCUGGAAGUGAACCCUUACGAUGGUUUACCCUUCUCAUCACGUUAUUACUCUUUACUGGAAGAACGGAGGACUCUGCCCAUCUGGGGGCUGAAGUACAACUUGCUAGAGCUGCUGGAGACUCAUAGCAUGGUGGUGCUGAGUGGAGAGGCCGGCAUGGGCAAGAGCACACAAGUGCCUCAGUGGUGUGUGGAGUACGCACUCUCUCUGCAGUUUACUCAGGGUCUAGUUUGCUGCUGUCAGCCGUACUCAGCAGCAGCUUGCAGCUUGGCCAUUCGUGUAGCGGAUGAGAUGGACCUAAGUCUGGGGCUCGAGGUUGGUUACAGGGUCCCUCAUGAUGAUGGCAGCACUCCAGACACUUUACUACGCUUUGUCACAGAUGCACUCCUACUGGAGGAGAUGAUGUCAGACCCCCUGCUACGGCGCUAUGGAGUGCUGGUACUAGACGAGGUGCAAGAACGCACCGUGGCCAGCGAUGUCCUCCUGGGCCUGCUACGGGACGUCUGCCGGCAACGUACAGAGCUUCGUGUGGUGGUGCUCGCUGCGCCCCCUGUGGCUGAUACCAUCGCAAAUUUCCUGGGAGAAGAAGUCCCUCACCUCAGAGUCCUCCCUGCACCAGACAGGACUGUUGCAGAAAUACUGUACAGAGAUCCACCAGCUGGCAGAGACCCGGCUACAGCUGCAUGCCACAUGGUGCUGGAUCUGCACCGACGAGGAGAGGAAGGAGAUAUACUAGUUUUCCUGCCCAGUGCGCAGGAAAUUGGUGAUUGUGCAGCUCUGUUGGAGAAGGAGUGCAUAGCUCUGAGCCCACAGCUGGGCACGUUGCGGGUUCUGCCGCUCCACGCAGGCCUCGGUGGAGCCGCUCAGCACGUUUAUACAGCAGACGGAGAUGACAGCCAAGCUGAAACGAAAGAAGAUGAGAAGGCUGGACCGUGCUUAAGACGCAGGGUCAUCCUUUCAGACACUCUGGGAGAAUCCUCAUUCUCUUUGUUCAAUAUUCGUUACGUCAUUGAUACAGGACUCGAACUCAAAACCGUGUACAGUCCACAGAUUCGAGCUGACUCCCAGGUUCAACGGCCAAUCAGCAAACACCAAGCAGACGCCCGCUUUCAGAAAGUGAACAGCACGUUGCCGGGAGUGUGUUUUCGUCUGUACCCCAAAUCCCUGUAUGAGGAGGGAAUGCCUGAAGCCCGGUGUCCCGGAGUAACCGAGGCUAACCUCAGCCACCUGGUCCUCUUUCUCAAAAGACUGGACAUCGCCGACAUGGGCCAGUGCAAGUUCCUGGACCGACCAGCUCCAGAGGCGCUGAUGCAGGCUCUUGAGGACUUGGAUUACCUGGCUGCUCUCGAUGAUGAUGGCAACCUGUCAGAGGUGGGCAUCAUCAUGUCCGAGCUGCCUCUGGAGCCACCGCUGGCCAGAGCCCUUAUCGCAGCCUGCGAGUUUGACUGUGUCAGUGAACUUCUGACCAUUGCCGCAAUGCUUACUGCUCCUUCAUGCUUUGUGACUCCUCCAUCCAAUAAAGAGGAAGCAGCAUUAACUCAUAGACGUCCCCUUUUACACCCAGAUGGAGACCAUCUGACCCUCAUUAACAUCUACAACGCCUACCUAGAGCACGAUGAGGAUGAAGCCUGGUGUAACACUAACUUCCUGAAUGCUUCUGCAUUGCGAUUGGCUGUGGCUAUAAGGGCGGAGCUACUCGAGGUGAUGCAGCGAAUUGAAUUGCCCGUUUCGCCGCCUGCCUUCGGCUGCCAGGACAAUACUACUAAUAUAAAGCGGGCUCUCGUCUCCGGGUUCUUCCUGAAGGUUGCCCAUGAUGUAGACGGCUUGGGGAAUUACUUACUGCUGACUCACCGGCAUGUAGCUCACCUGCACCCCUUCUCCUCGUACCUGAGCCGCCGGCCACGUCCUAAUCCUCCCAGCUGGGUCCUCUAUCACGACUUCACUAUUUCUCAUGACAACUGCAUCCGUACCGUCUCUGUAGUUCAUCCACACAUGUUGGUGGAAUUGGCUCCGCAGUACUAUUUGGAGAACCUUCCUCCCAGCGAAGGCAGAGACUUAUUAAUGGAUAUCAGACAGAGUCUUUUCCCACCAGAAGAACAGGAGAACGGAGAGGCUGAAGACAAAGCACACGGAGAGCGAUCAGGAGAGCAUCGAGACCAGUACAGUACAGAGAUGUGUGUGCUGCAGUGAUGCACUCAGGGGUGCGGCUGACCCUCACGUUGCACUUUGGGAUUUCCUGAGCCUCGUAUAUCACAUGUAAAAUAGAGUCACUCUUUCUGGGGUUGGUGUAGCACAUAAAAGAAAGCGGUGGACAAAAUUAUACUGGGAUGUGCCCUUUGCAAAUUCAACCAGGGCUUUCUCCAAACCACGGUCACUUGCACACCAAAAACAGACAAACCCAAUACCGUAAAUUGAACAAUGUAGAGUACUUUCUGCACCUAAAUAUCUCUUAUUCCUUUCGGAAAAUGAGUAAUAACUAUAGAAAUCGGAAGAUGAUGUUAUAUGUAGGUCUAGACUAUCCUGGUACUCAACCCAGAAGUGAAAAUAAAGGGUUUCACUGCGUGUGCCGACUGCCAUUCGCAACCAUAAAUAAAACCAUGUUCUCAGUGUUGGUCACUAGAUGGCGAUGUUGCGUGAUUUGAACUCUAUUCUGUUCCUGGCCUCCUGGAAUUGGAAAAUAAAGAGGCGUGCUACGAAGUGGUUUGAUUUCAAAUCUAAUUUUGCUCCUUGCAUAUUUUGACAAGGUAAAAAAAAAAACGGCAAAUUUAAUAAUGUUGAAUUGUGCCUAAAUCAGCCCUAGAUGCCACCAGAAUGCACCAUUUUGAAGCCUCUAAUUUUUUAAAAUUUCCAGGAGCGCAUGCCCCCAGCAGCCUUUGAGGCUCUCUGGGUCGGGCCGGCCCUUAUGGGCCAGGCUCUGCAUCAGUAGCACCGCUCUGAUAUAUAUAUAUAUAUUCCUGGGGAAAGCCCUGUCAGCUUUACAAAUACACGGCACAGAAUCUGUACAGAUUCCUUUUCAGUUAGUUUCUUUCAGUUUUGCUAUGAAGUGCUCGCUUUAGUACAGGCAAGUUCAUUUGACGUCCUUUGGAUACUGCUGGAAAAACGACGCAGGACAGAAAGAUCUAUUUAAAUACUGGAAAUGCAUCAAGCAAUAAUGAGCACGACGUCAAGACUUGAGCUCGUCAAACAAAAACUAGUUUGUAAUUCUUUGUUUGACAGUUCGACCACAUGCUUUUAACUUCUAAUGCUACAGUUACUGAGAUUUGAGAUGGAGAUUUCAGCUUCAUCAAAUCUCUUAAUUAUAAUCCAGACUGUAUAUUUUGCCUUUAGUUGUCUGUUGUGAAGAGAUAAAACUUGAGUCCUUUCCGUGCUCCCUUUUCAUGGCUGUAUAAAAUAUUUUUAAAAUAAUAAUAAUUCAGGGUAACCUGAGCCUUGAGAUUGAUCUCUGGAUUCUUCUCAGGGUUGUUUACGUAAACCCUCUUGAUGAAUGAUGCUUCUAUAUUGUUGGUGAAGGACUUUUUUUCUACUACAUACUUUUUUGUAGUAUUUUAUUUUUUUCCCCGGACAAUCUGUGGCUACUUCUGUUAAUUUAAAGAGGCUCUGUGUGUAAAUACUUUUCUCCCAUAAUACUAUUAGAAUACAGCACAACAAAAUCUGUAUAUUCACUCCCAUGUCGUUGUUUGAAUAAUUCUAUAGACUUGGAUAAACCAAGCUGUAUUUCUACAGCAUCUUGUACACAAACCUGCUAAUGAAAUGUGGUUGUUGUUUUUUUUUUUUGGGGAUGUGUGUGGGGUUAUGUAAUAAAAUACCACAUUUUGUGCUA